UUCAUUUGAAAACGACGAUGGAGAAGAGGUUAUCUUGUCAACGUUCAUCGAUGCUCUGCCAUAUUGAAUUUGUCGGGGGAAAAAUGGCUUAUAAUUUCCCUGGAGUACCAAGCGCAGCUAUGUCACCAAUGGGUAUGGGUCCCAUGGGACCAUUAGCACCAAUCACAGGACCUCAAAGUUUUAUGGAACUUACUGGCCAAGGAUUUCCUCCUUUGCCACCGCCUAUACCUCUUCCUGGAAUGAAUGACUCACCAUUAGAAUUCAGUACAAACAAAAAUCAACCCCCAGUUGUACGUGAAAGUUCAGAAGAUAAUAAUGACAGACGAAAUGAUAAGAAUGACAACAGACGUGAACGAGAUAGUCGCGAUGGUAGAGAAAAUCGAGAUAACAGUAGAAGGUCAAGAGGUGAUCGUAAUGAACGAAGGGAGAGAGAUCGAGAUAGAAGAGAAGAAAGAAAUGAAAGAGAUAGAAGAGAGGACAGAAGAGUAGAAGAUAGAAGCAAUAAUAUUAAUUCAACGAGUAACAAUAGUAGUCAUAGCAGUUCAAAUAACGCUGACAUGCAAUCUAAUACAUCUAGCAGCACACCUAAUUUAGGACCACAAAUGGAACCAACAACAGGAGUUUGGGGAAUGGGUGUUGGAUAUCCUAUGAUGGGAAUGGGUCCAAUGGGACCAAUGGGUCCUAUGAUGGGUGAAAUGACAUUAGGUCCUCAUAUGGGUCAUGCUCAUGGUUAUGGUCCUAUGAGUAUGGGAAUAAUGCCACAUGAUAGUGGUAUGAUAGGUACUCCAAUAUUAGGACCUGAACAAAUUAUGACAGAUACAGCUGCUCAAAUAAUGACUGGUGCAUUACCACCACCAUCUGCUCCACCGCAAGGUACCAAAGACAUUAUACAUUGCAAAAGUUGUACAUUGCUUCCGCCAAAUCCAAAUGCACCACCGCCAACUACAAGAGAAAGACCUCCAGGAUGUAGAACUAUUUUUGUUGGAGGUUUGCCAGAAAACAUGACAGAAACAAUUAUUCAAGAGAUAUUUGAACGAUGUGGUGAAAUAACUACUUUACGUUUAUCUAAAAAGAAUUUCUGUCAUAUACGCUUUGUUUUGGAAGCUAGCGUCGACGCUGCUAUUUAUUUAUCUGGUUAUAGAGUAAGAAUAGGUUCUAAUGGAGAUUCUGCUAAUACUGGAAGACUCCAUGUAGAUUUUGCACAAGCAAGAGAUGAUCAAUACGAAUGGGAGUGCAGACAACGGCAAUUACAACGAGAACAACGUCAUCGAGAGAGAGUAGAAAAGGAACGUCAGCGUCCACCAUCAAGUCCACCGCCUGUUGUCCAUUAUACAGAUCAUGAAGCUUCAAACAUAUGUGAGAAAAUCAAACAGGAUGACACUUUCAUGAAAGCUGUACAAGUUGUCGUAACAUGGCUCGAGCGUGGAGAUUGUACAAAACGCAAUGCCAAUACCUUUUACUCAAUGAUACAAUCAACAAAUUCUCACGUUCGGCGAUUACUCACGGAAAAAGCUGCAUAUGAAGAAGAACUUCAAAAAGCAAAGGAAGUCAUGAAAGGCAGAAUGCAAGGAUUGCUCAUACAAUUCAGUCAGAUCGAACGUGUCUUUACUGCGGCUAGCCACAAGAAGGUGUGGGAUCAUUUCACUAAGGCUCAACGGAAGAACAUCGAAAUGUGGAAGAAACAAUCUUCGGAAAUUAAAGCAGUUCAAUUAGAAGAAACUCUAAUGGAAGGGGAAGGUGAAAUGGAUGUCUCUGAUUGUGAAGAAGAACCGCAGAGAAAAAAAACACGUAUUCAAUCUGAUAGUAAUGAUGAUAGUGAAAAAAUGCAAUCUUUAAAAGAAGAAAAUGAUAGUUUAAGAUGCCAACUGGAAGCAUAUAAAAAUGAGGUUGAUCUAUUGAAGUCAGAAACAAAGUCAGAUAUUGAUGCAAAAGAUAAACAAAUGAAAAUGUUGCAACAAACAUUAAAAGGUAUGCAAGAACAACUAAUACAGUUUAGAAAGCAACAAGCACAAGAUGAUCAAAAAAUAAAAGAUUUAACUGUCAAACUUAAUUCCACUAAAAGAGAAGAACCUCGAGAGAGUGAAAUAAUAACUCUUGAUAAAGAUGAUGAUAUUAGUGAAGAACCUCGAACACCUAAACAAUUAAUUUUAGCAUCUACUUUUGUACAAGUUACACAAAAAGAUGCCAAACUUAUAGGCUUGAUAGCAACAUUUUUGCAUAUUCAUCCAUUUGGUGCAAGUGUGGAUUAUCUAUGGUCAUAUUUACAAAAAUUAGAACCAGGAAUAAAACCAAAUGAAGUUGAAGUUUUAAUGCAAAAAUUUCCGCAAGUUUUUAAACAAGAAUUAUUUGGAAUUGGAGCUAAUAUGGAAAGGCGGUGGCAAUUUUCUGGUUUUAGCGUUUAUCGAAAUCAUUAAAAAUUAAACAAUUUCUUUUAAUUGUUAAAUCAUCAUAAUUAUUAUGAUGAUACACAUACUUUU